GCAAAACCGUCAUUUCAAAAAGACCGUUGAGCGGGAUAGGCAGUCGUCGAAACUGAACGCACGAAAGACGAUCAGCCCCCAGUAGGGUUCAGCUUUACGUUCAAUAAAGUUUACCACAUAAGUGUUCAGUUAUUGAAAUGGCCCCUAAACCUGUGCUAAUUGUCCGCCUCCUGUGCCUCGUUGCACUGCUAGGAAUGGCACACACCUCCUUGGAGUACAACCGCUACCUGGAGAAAAUAUUCCAAAAGUACGGGGAUGGCGGGACCAUCAACUUUGAGGGUCUCGAGCAUUUAAUGUACAGCUUGAACCUGGGCCAGAUCGAGUUCGACCCCUCGCACACUAUCGAUGAGCAUCGACCCCGAGGGUACUCCAAUGAAACGAAAGCAAGCACUAAUGGCACCUACUUUGACAAGCAGAUCAAAGCCAAUGCCACCGGCGACGAAUCUCUGGAUGUGCAGAUAUCAUCAAAGACCUCAAAUAACUCAACGUCGGGGCCUGCGGUUCCAGAGUUUCUAGAAAUACACGACCCCAAGCAUCGGCAUCCGAGGGAGAGCAGCGUUGAUGGCAGACCAUGGCCUGCAGCCGCCUGCUUGUCGCCGAAGCUUUUGCUCUCCCUGAUUGUGGACCACAAUGAUCUACACAGAAACAUUAUCUACCGGAAGCUGAUCAGUAAGGGCUCCACCGUUCCGACGGAGACCACUCACAACUCUGAUGAGGAGUACAACAACUUCAUCAACUCGGUACGGAUCACCCCCAGAGCAUUCAUGAAGCUUUGUCCAGCUCUAUUGGCCCAAAUCGACGGAGGUGUGUGUGCUCAGCCAGCUCCACGUUUGCAAAUACUUCAGGAUAAAAACCAAAAGAUCUGGGAUGCUUGGAUCUAUGCCAGUAUAUCCAUGUUUGUACUCUCUGCAUGCGGUCUACUUGGCAUUCUCCUGGUGCCUUUGAUGAAAACGACAGCUUAUCAGGAGAUUCUCAAGUUUCUGGUAUCCAUAGCCGUGGGCACAUUGGCCGGAGAUGCUCUGAUGCACUUGCUGCCUCACGCUCUCUUCAAAGAGGAGAAGCACGAGCAGGCCCUAGGCGAGGGUCACGCGAUGAGUGUCGCACACAAGCACAGCAAUGAAGCGGCCCUGCUGUGUGGUUGUUCCUUUCUGGCCGCCCUGUUCAUGUUCACGCUAGAAAACGUAAUUCCGCUGCUGAAGGGCGAUCGGCAGAUCAUCGGGCACAGCCAUGGACAUGGGCACAGUCAUGGCCACUCUCAUGGCCAGCAGGUGGAGAAGGCAGUUCCAGAGAUACCGGCUUCACGUGAGCUUAAUGUAAUGCUGCAGGAGACGAAGCUGGACGCAAAGUCAGCAGAGCGGCCGCUCACUCCUGUGGCCUUUAUGGUCAUCAUUGGCGAUGGACUGCACAAUCUCACCGAUGGCUUAGCCAUUGGUGCCGCAUUUGCCAGUGAUCCUGUUACAGGUCUGGCCACAGCAUUCGCUGUUCUAUGUCACGAGCUACCGCACGAGUUGGGCGACUUUGCACUUCUUCUGCAGACGGGUGUCUCCGUGAGGCGGGCCAUUUACAUGAACCUGGUUAGCUCGGUUCUAAGUUUUGUUGGCAUGGCUGUAGGUCUGUUUAUUGCCGGCAUUGGAGAUGGAAUGACGCAAUGGAUUUAUGCAGCCACCGCAGGCUCCUUCCUAUACAUUGCCUUUGCCGAUCUGGUGCCCACAAUGAGUGUGGCCCACAGCACGGAGAUGGCGAAGGAUCCAAAGGGUAUUCUAAUCCAGGUAUUCGGCAUAUUCCUGGGCGGACUGAUCAUGUUGAUCAUUGCCCUGAACGAACACGACCUGGAAGGACUGUUUAAGAGCUUCUAGACAUUCCAGAAGACACGUUCAGAAUCUUAAACUAGGUACUGCGGAAAUGCAUCUGUUUUUUUCUUAUCGAUAGUUAACUUUAAGCAUUUUUGAAAUCUCCACUUGAGUGAGAGACAUCUUCCUCAUCAUCCCAAGCUUAUACAAACAACUUUAAGCCGAAUGUUGUCAUAGCAAAUAGGCUAAAAAGAUAUUUUUGGCUAGUUUUAAGACGGAAAGUAAUCGUUAAUCGAUUUCCAAUGUCAUCCAUAGGGUUAUGUUGCCCCGUUUAAUAACGAAUUAGUUGCUCUUUAAUGAGUUACCUGUUAACACUUAUUGUAUAGCUUUUAUCGAUUAAAGAUCUGUUUAAGAUAA